UGGUCGGUGGGUGGGAAGAAAAGUCCAAAAAGAACAGUGGGAUCAUUUCGUGUCCAACUCUCUUGCUUUCGAGAGGAACGAAUUUUGUUAGCUCUUCUUCAAUUCUGCAUAAAGAAAACAGAUCCUUCUCCCUCAGUAAAUUCUCCAUUUCUUUUCUUAUUUCUUACCAAUCUAUAUUUCAUUCAUUUUUCAUGGCAUCCGGUGGUCACAACAAUCUCAAUGCAAAACUCGUAUUGUUAGGCGACAUGGGAGCUGGUAAAUCAAGCUUGGUUAUACGAUUCGUCAAGGGCCAAUUCCUUGAAUUUCAAGAAUCGACGAUCGGGGCAGCUUUCUUUUCGUCUACGCUGGCAGUUAAUAAUGCUACGGUGAAGUUUGAGAUAUGGGAUACUGCUGGGCAGGAGAGGUACCAUAGCUUAGCGCCUAUGUACUAUAGAGGAGCUGCUGCUGCUAUUAUCGUCUAUGAUAUCACUAGCUCGGAUUCGUUUGCAAGGGCAAAAAAAUGGGUGCAGGAAUUGCAGAAGCAAGGUAAUCCUAACAUGGUCAUGGCUCUUGCUGGCAACAAGGCCGAUCUAGAAGAUAGAAGGAAGGUUACUGCAGAAGAGGCACGCUUGUAUGCGGAAGAAAAUGGCCUCUUUUUCAUGGAGACCUCUGCCAAAACGGCUGUGAAUGUCAAUGAUAUUUUCUAUGAAAUAGCUAAACGGUUGCCUAGAGCUCAACCUGCCCAAAAUCCAGCAGGAAUGGUUCUUGUAGACAGACCAGCAGAAGGGACCCGAGCUACAUCAUGCUGUACUUAAAAUUCUGCAUUGUUCAUAAAUUCAUUAAACCUUUCCUAAUCUUUGACUGGACUUCGCUUGUUCUUCAUGUUAAACAUGAAAGUCUGGAAAUGGGAGUAGCAUGGUUCAUUAGGAGAUAUAGAGUAGAAUAUGUAAGCUAUGUAUUUAGAAGCUCCCUAUGUUAGAAUAUGUCAUGCUCCUUGUUUCGUUAGUCUUUUCUAUUUUGCAAAUGAUUUGAAUUUCCAGUGAUCUCUUCAUUUCCA